AUGUCGGGGGAGAUGGUGAAUCUUCAGAAGUCCUUUGCUAAGUUCAGUCCGAAUACUUCUACGGAUUAUCGUGAUUCUUUGGCAAACAACAUGUGUCUUCAUUGUCAAGAUUCUUUGGGUUCCUAUUUAGGUCUCCCAGUCGACAUGGGACGGAGUAAGGUGGAAGCUUUUGGUCACCUUUUGGAUUCUGUUGCUAAAAGGCUAGCAGAUUUCUCCUCACUGCGAUUAUCAGCAGCUUCUAAGCUAGUAAUUAUCAACUCGAAUCUGGUAGCCUCCUUCAACCAUGUUCUGUCGGUUUUCAAGGUGCCAGUUUCUAUUUGUGACAAAAUUGAUAGUAUGCUGGCUCGUUUCUGGUGGCAGUCUUCGUCUACGUCUCGAGGUUUAGCUUUCCGUUCAGCUGCUCUCUUGCAUCUUCCCAAGGGAGGCUCCCCCAGAUCAUCUUGGGGAUGUCGUGGUCUUAUGCAAGGAAUGUCUGCCUUGUCUCCGGGUCUUUCUUGGAAAGUAGGUUAUGGGUCUAAGAAAUUUACAAGAGAUGGGAAAUUUUCCACUAAGACUGCUUAUGCCUUGCUGGUUCGUCAAUCCAUUGUUUCGGUGGCUAGCGUUCCAGUUCUUGAUUCAUGGUGGAAGCAAUUUUGGGGGCUUUCUAUGCUCCCAAAGCUAAAGAAGUUCAUCUGGAAGCUGCUACAUGAUGCGUUACCUCUCACUACAAUUCUCCAUCAACGAGGGAUGCCAGUUUCUCCGGUUUGUGUCUUUUGUCAUCAGAAUUGCGAAUCUGUCUCCCACUUGUUCAGGGAUUGUGAGCUUGUUUCUGAUCUACUGGUUCAUGGACCCCUGGGCUUCUCUCGUAAUUCGUUGCUUGAUAAAUCUUUUGGACCUUGGUUUAUAGACACAAUUACGAAUUUCAGAGUAGUCAAGAAUUGGCAUGGUCUUGCUUUUUUUGUUUCUUUUAUGUGGGCAGUGUGGAUCUCUCGCAAUCACAAGGUGUUUCGUCAUGCAGUGGUUUCCCCCACUCUGAUCCUACACGUGGCGGCAGAGUGGGUUUCUCGAGGGGAGGAGGCUCUAGCCGUUUCUGAAAUCCGACAUUCGGCUCAUACCCCGUCCUUCCCAUUGGGGAUAUGUUGGCUUCAAGGUUCGGAAUCUGAUGCUCUCGACUGUUGUCUCUUAUUCGAUGGCGCUUGGAACGCUUCUGAUAAUACAGCUGGUAUUGGUUGGAUCUUCCGGGAUAUUCGUUCAGAUUUGGUUUUGGGUGGUGGUUUGAGGGCUACUAGAGCUGCUUCAGCCUUACAGGCUUGCUUGUGCGCUUUAAAGAUGGCUAAACGUAGGGGAUUUGAUCGUUUGCAAGUCUAUACGGAUUGCGCUCAGCUUGUCUCUAUUCUCACAAGGGCAGGUGGGAAGGAUAUCUCCUAUGUCUGGCUCCUGGAUGCUAUUCACGACAUAGUCAAGAGCCUUAAUGCAUGUAAUAUUCGAAAGGUUCCAAGGUCUUGGGUUUCACCGGCUCAUUGGCUUGUAGGACAAGCUCGUCACCUGAUACCUCCUUAUCCCAGCAAAGUUUUGGUCAUCUGA